ACUCUCCCCGGGAGCGGCGUGACUGACACCGGCUCCGACUCCGGGGGGAGGAGGGCGCGGGAGGAGGGCGCGAGUGGCCGGACUCGGAUUUGCGGCGCCGGGGACUGGACCCCGGGACACCCGGCAGAAUGGCAGAGAUGCAGGCACUGAUGGAGAGGCUGGAGCAGGUGGUCGGCCGACUGGAGCUGCUGCUGUCUGCAGGGUCCCACCGGCCUCCUGGGGACUGCGGGGAGAUUAAUGGUGUCAUUGGAGGUGUGGCACCCUCGGUGGAAGCCUUUGAUAAGCUGAUGAACAGCAUGGUGGUGGAGUUUUUAAAGAAGAGUAGGAUCCUUGCUGGUGAUGUGGAGACUCACGCGGAGAUGGUACACAGCGCUUUCCAGGCCCAACGGGCGUUCCUUCUGAUGGCCUCGCAGUUCCAACAACCCCAAGAGAAGGACGUAGCUGCGCUUCUGAAACCGAUAUCCGAAAAGAUUCAGGAAAUCCAGGCUUUCCGAGAGAGAAACCGGGGGAGUAAAAUGUUCAAUCAUCUUUCAGCCGUCAGCGAAAGCAUCCCUGCCCUCGGCUGGAUAGCUGUGUCCCCUAAGCCUGGUCCUUAUGUCAAGGAGAUGAAUGACGCCGCCACCUUUUACACUAACAGGGUCCUAAAGGACUACAAACACAGUGAUUUGCGCCACGUGGACUGGGUGAAGUCAUAUUUGAGCAUUUGGAGCGAGCUGCAAGCGUACAUCAAGGAACACCACACCACCGGCCUUACUUGGAGCAAAACCGGUCCAGUGGCCUCGACAGCAUCCGCAUUGUCAGUCCUCUCCCCUGGGCCUGGCCUUCCUCCACCCCCUCCUCCUCCACCUCCCCCCGGGCCACCGCCACUCUUUGAGAAUGAAGGCAAAAGAGAGGAGCCCUCCCCUUCACGCUCUGCUCUAUUCGCCCAGCUUAACCAAGGAGAAGGAAUUACAAAAGGGCUCCGGCACGUCACAGAUGACCAGAAGACGUACAAGAAUCCCAGUCUACGGGCUCAAGGAGGGCAAACUCCAUCUCCUACCAAAAGCCACGCUCCAGGCCCCAGGACCCCCCACUCUCAUUCUUCUCAGAAACAUGCUCCUGUGUUCGAGUUGGAAGGAAAGAAAUGGAGAGUAGAGUACCAAGAGGACAGGAAUGACCUGGUGAUUUCAGAGACGGAACUGAAACAAGUGGCUUACAUUUUCAAAUGCAACAAGUCCACUCUGCGGAUAAAAGGAAAAAUCAACUCCAUUACAAUCGACAACUGUAAGAAGUUCGGCCUCGUGUUUGACAACGUGGUAGGCAUCGUGGAGGUGAUUAAUUCCAAGGAUAUUCAAAUGCAGGUAAUGGGGAAAGUGCCAACCAUCUCCAUCAAUAAGACAGAAGGCUGCCACAUAUACCUCAGUGAGCAUGCGCUGGGCUGUGAGAUCGUGAGUGCCAAGUCUUCUGAAAUGAAUGUCCUUAUUCCUCAGGAUGGGGAUUACAGAGAAUUUCCUGUUCCAGAACAGUUCAAGACAGCCUGGGAUGGAUCCAAGUUGGUCACUGAACCUGCAGAAAUUAUGGGCUAACCUCCGGAGAGACCGACCCCUUGACCUGCAUCAACUUAAAAAAAAAAAAAAAAAAAAAAAAGGCAGCAUUAAACACCUAGAAGUGGCAGUUAUACCUACGGCUUUAGUUUUGGCCUCCAACAAUUCUGUGUUCUAGAAACGACAUCAUUUCUGGCAUGUCUUCAUGGGCAUUUCGAAGUAUUUAACGGGUCUUCAUGAUUUGCCUUUGUGUGUGAUUUGAGUUCCACAUGAUGACUUGUGAGCAUUACACAUUUAAAGGGGGUAAAAAUAGUAUUCUGUCCCCCUCAUAUUAUUAACACGGUAGCUGAUAGGUAAAAAUACUGCAUGAUUCAAUUUGACACUUAGGUUUAAUUGCUACUUGGAAAAUAAAACCUCUGAGAAUCUAAGAUGUACAUUUUUACCUUUAGGCAAUUUCUAUAUGAUGUAGUACUAGUUGUGCUCUGAAAAAUCUAACAUUUUUUUCUCAUUUUUACCAAAUGUUCACCUUUAUUAGCACGGAUACAUCAUCAGCAUGAAUACAUAUUUCAACCCAGUUUUUACAAAACAUGAGAAAAUUCCAUCCCAAGGACGAUAUCCAGUUACCUGGUCCUUACAAGACUUGUUUUCUUUAUAGUUACUAAACACUGAAAGUAGAUUCUAAUGAUUUAUCUUAAAAUAUUCUUCUGCCAUGUCACACGGAAAACUUUUACUUCUCUGCAGAAAGGUUUUUAUGCCAAAACAUGAGUAGGAGGAAGCAGAUGUAUGUAGUACCUCGAAAUUUUUCUCGAAGAUCAAGCUCAAUUCUUUGUUUCCCAAUUUUGAACCUGUUGAAUAUCAGAUGCCUUGUAAAUUAUGUCAUUAAUGUUGUAUUAUAGACUUUUCUUUUUCACUUGCCAGACUUCUAACCAGUCUCAAAAAACAAAAACAACAACAAAAAAAAUGAAUGAAUGUUAAAAAGCCAUAGCUGUAAUACUUCUUUCAAAACCUGAAUUCUUUGUUGGUUUGACUUGCUGCUCCUAUUUUGUAGUCUUGAGUACCUGCUUUUUCAACAUAAAAGAAAUAGGAUAUUCCUUUAUACCUUUUCAGUACAUAGUGCUGAAAAAUCUGCAACUUAUUGCAUCACAUGUAAUGAAUUUUAGUAUAAUGCUUGCAGACCCAAUACAAGCAUAUAUAUUGUGCCUACUACAGCCUUUGGAAUAUGUCAUUUCCGUUUUUUAAAUAUCUUCUAUAUCCAUAUAGUAUUCAGAUUACUAAUGCUCAUGUACCAAGGUUUUGCUAUAAAAGUUUUAUUCAUAUGAAUAAUGUGGCUUUAGUAAAUAUCUUUUUUUUCAACUGUAAACAUUCUGAAAUAAAGUAAAAUUCUAAUUGUUUAAAUACUGGGAUGAAUUCUGCUUGUUAAAAUUAUUUUUUUCCACUCUGAUUUGUCCCCUGAUCAUAUGUCAGAUAUAUUACAUUCAGGAGAGACAGCUGAACCCUUCCGGUUGGCUUGAAGAAUGUAUCCAGCGUGCCAUCAGCUUCCUUGAAGAAUAGCUUCUUUUAGAUUCCAGAUGAAGCCAUUUGCAGUUGGCAUGACUGUCAGAAAUUCUGGAAUCCAGUUGCAUAAUUCAGGUCCACUGAGAAAAUGCUCUGCAUAGAUCUUCAUUAAUGUAAAUAUCCCAGAAAAUAAAUUUAGCUUUUUUGUUGUUGUUGUUGUUAAGAUUUUAUUUACUUGACAGCGAGAGAGGGAGCACAAGCAGGGGGGUGAUGUAAGCCAAAGGCAGACACUCAAUCACUGAGCCACCCAGGUUCCCCUAGUUUUUAAUAGGAUACAGUAUGUAUACUAUGUGUUUUAAUGUACAAUAAAAAUAACAGAUUUGUAAAUAAGCUUCCGGAGGAAAGAUUUUAAGUGGGAAGAAAAGACCCUAAAAAGGACAUGCUACAUACCCAUUAAAUAGUAAUAAUUUUAUAUUGAAGAAGUUCACUCAAAAUUCAUAGACUCUGUCGACUGUCCUCGGGCUUGCAUCAGGCUUUCAAAAUGCUUCAUCGUAGAUAUUGAAAGUCUGGACUUGAGGUUCAAUUACUUUCUCACCCCUCGGUCCUUAAGUCACCUAACUGGUUUUAUGAGUAGUAGGUUGACUUUGUUGAAAAAUGGGGUGGGGUGGGGAAACCAGUUUUGGCAAUGUAUAAGAAAAUGAUUAACCAGACAAUGCUGGAAAUGCAGUAUGCUUUCCUUCUUGCACAUUAUGGAAUUCCAAAGUAACCAAUGCUAUAACCUAAAAAAAUAAAUAAAUAAAAAACAAGGAUAAGAGAUCCAUAUGAGCAGAA